CGCUCCCUGCUCGCUCUUCCCAUCCGGGGUCGUGGAGGUCUUCCGGGUGUUCCUGACAGGGUUUUCUACGCCGUUUUUUCGGCGAAUUUUUGGUCUUCCGCUUCUUGCUACCGCCCCGAGCCUUCCGCACGCUUGCUAGCCCUGUCUUUUCUUGUGUCGCUCCUCCCCGGCCGCCGAGCCCGGGGUUUAGAUUGCAAGCGGGAUCCGGAGCCAGGCCUAGCCCUUCCGCAGGCCACUACCUGCUUUGGCUGGGGCGAAAGCUACAACCGUGCACGCCGGACUCUCGCUGCUCGGGCCUUGGAGCUCCUGGGCGAGCAGUGCCGGUAGGCCCUGCUUAGCCCUUCCCCAAGGACACCUGUGAGUUAGGGGGGUUUCGGAAAAGGACGCAACCGUGUAGGCCCAGGUCGGGGGCGGGGCUCGGGGAACUUUUCCCGAAACCUCACUGUUAUGUUUGCGUGGGAAGUUCCGGCAAUAUUUCUUAGACGUCCCAGACUUAUGGGCGGCCCCCAGGCUGCAGCACUUUUUGAAGAAUCUUAGGACCAGUUACUUUUUCCACUCGUUUCCCUUCCUCGCACCCGGUUCUCAGUCUAGGGCCAUAAGAGGAAGACUGUCUUGGGACCCCUGCAUGGUGUUUCAAAGGGUGGUGAAAAACUAAGGUAGAAGAAUACAUGUUCACUUUUAGUGAACAAGAGCAUGUUCCCAAACUCAAUUUUGGGUCGCCCGCCUUUCACCCCAAACCAUCAACAACAUAAUAACUUCUUCGCCCUGUCACCAACUCUUUAUUCACACCAGCAGCUUAUAGAUGCACAGUUCAACUUUCAGAAUACAGACUUGUCAAGAGCUGUGUCUUUACAGCAGUUGACAUAUGGAAAUGUCAGUCCAAUACAGACCUCAACAUCUCCGUUAUUUCGAGGAAGGAAGAGAUUAAGCGAUGAAAAAAACCUUCCUCUUGACGGUAAACGGCAGCGUUUCCAUUCACCCCACCAAGAGCCAACUAUAGUUAACCACAUAGUGCCUUUAUCAGGUGAAAGAAGAUACUCAAUGCCGCCAUUGUUUCAUACACACUAUGUACCAGAUAUAGUCAGAUGUGUUCCACCUUUUCGAGAAAUACCAUUUUUAGAACCUAGAGAAAUCACACUGCCUGAGGCCAAAGAUAAGUUGAGUCAGCAGAUACUGGAGUUAUUUGAAGCAUGUCAGCAGCAAGUAAGUGAUUUAAAGAAGAAAGAACUGUGUCGAACACAGCUGCAGAGAGAAAUUCAGCUGUUAUUUCCACAAAGCAGACUUUUUUUGGUUGGGUCCUCUUUAAAUGGAUUUGGUACCCGGAGCAGUGAUGGUGAUUUAUGCCUAGUUGUUAAAGAAGAACCAUGUUUUUUUCAGGUAAAUCAGAAGACUGAAGCACGGCAUAUACUCACCUUAGUCCAUAAACACUUCUGUACUAGACUUUCUGGCUACAUUGAGAGACCUCAGCUGAUUCGAGCAAAAGUGCCAAUUGUGAAGUUCAGGGAUAAAGUCAGUUGUGUGGAAUUCGACUUGAAUGUAAACAAUAUUGUUGGAAUAAGAAACACAUUCCUUCUCAGAACUUAUGCAUACCUUGAAAAUCGAGUUCGUCCGUUAGUACUGGUGAUUAAGAAGUGGGCGAGUCACCAUGAGAUAAAUGAUGCCAGUCGUGGUACUUUAAGCAGCUAUAGUCUUGUAUUGAUGGUUUUGCACUAUUUACAAACCCUACCUGAACCCAUCCUUCCAUCCAUCCAAAAAAUUUACCCAGAAUCUUUUAGUCCUGCUGUACAGCUGCACCUUGUACAUCAAGCUCCAUGUAAUGUUCCUCCUUACCUCUCGAAGAAUGAGUCAAAUCUUGGGGACCUCUUACUGGGCUUUCUUAAAUAUUAUGCUACAGAAUUUGACUGGAACAGUCAAAUGAUUUCAGUUCGUGAAGCCAAAGCCAUUCCCAGGCCUGAUGGUAUUGAAUGGAGAAAUAAAUACAUCUGUGUAGAAGAACCUUUUGAUGGAACAAAUACAGCCAGAGCGGUGCAUGAAAAGCAGAAAUUUGACAUGAUCAAGGAUCAAUUUUUAAAGUCGUGGCACAGAUUGAAAAACAAAAGAGAUUUGAACAGUAUACUACCUUUAAGAGCUGCUAUCCUGAAAAGAUAACUGGCCUGUAUUUCUUAAUAAAAUCUUCUGAGAAAUAAAGAACAAUAGUAACAUCA